GGCACAAGACCAAAGCACCGCAUCCCACUGCGCGCGUAUAUCAAAAAUGCGGUCGCAGGCAAUUCGGCUCAGCCAGAGCCUCAGAGCGAGGCAACGCAUAUGCGCCUCUCCCAUUCUCCUUAAUGGCACAUCCAGACGAGGUCUCGCCACGACGCACUCCAUACCGCCUCGCCGACCUGUAGACAUCGCAUCACGGACCCCUCCAUACCAUAAACUUGUAACGAAGCUGGAGGAAGUGAGGAGGGUACUAGGGUCGGAACGACAACUUACCCUUGCGGAGAAAAUCCUUUACUCGCAUCUGGAGAACCCAGAGGAGUCUCUACUCUCCAACACAAACAAUGGAAGGGACAUCAGGGGAACUGCCAACCUUAAGCUCAAGCCCGAUCGUGUGGCCAUGCAGGAUGCAUCUGCGCAAAUGGCUCUUCUUCAGUUCAUGUCUUGCGGUCUUCCUUCAACAGCCGUGCCCGCUAGUAUUCACUGCGACCAUAUGAUUGUAGGCGAGAAGGGAGCGGAUACGGACCUUCCCAAUUCGAUUGCUGGAAACAAGGAAGUCUUCGAUUUCUUAGAGUCUGCUGCAAAGAAGUAUGGCAUUGAGUUUUGGCCACCAGGCGCUGGUAUCAUUCACCAGUCUGUUUUGGAAAACUACUCGGCACCCGGACUCAUGAUGCUUGGAACGGACAGUCACACACCCAACGCGGGCGGUUUAGGAGCAAUUGCGAUUGGUGUGGGUGGUGCCGAUGCAGUCGAUGCACUUGUCGAUGCGCCGUGGGAGCUCAAGGCACCGAAGAUUUUGGGUGUCAAGCUCGUCGGCGAGCUGAGCGGUUGGGCCUCUCCCAAAGAUGUCAUCCUAAAUCUGGCCGGUCAACUCACAGUCCGGGGUGGAACUGGCUUCAUAAUCGAGUACUUUGGCCCUGGCGUGAGGACACUCAGCUGCACUGGAAUGGCUACAUGCUGUAAUAUGGGUGCGGAAGUUGGUGCUACAACUAGUUUGUUCCCAUUCUCGCCAGCACAUAUCCCUUACCUUCAAGCAACGCACCGAGGACCUAUCGCAGAUGCCGCUGCCAAUAUUGCAUCAUUGCCAAUGCAACAGAACCUUCUACGAGCCGAUCCGGAAGCUGUCUACGACAAGGUCAUCGAGAUUGAUCUCUCUACGCUCGAGCCCCAUAUUAACGGUCCUUUCACUCCGGAUCUGUCUACGCCACUUUCGAAGUUUAAGGAUGUGGUGGAGGAGAAGAACUGGCCAAAGACUUUCGGAGCUGGGCUCAUCGGCAGUUGCACGAACAGUUCCUACCAGGAUAUGACUCGAUCUGAAGAGGUUGUUAAGCAGGCUUCUGCUGCAGGUCUCAAGCCGGUCGCCGACUUCCUUGUAACUCCUGGCAGUGAACAGAUCCGAGCCACUCUCGACCGCGACAACACGCUCUCGACUUUCUCCUCGGCCGGCGGAACUAUCCUAGCAAACGCUUGCGGCCCCUGCAUUGGAAUGUGGACUCGAAACGAUGCGCCCAAAAAGGGCGAGUCGAACGCAAUCUUCACGUCCUUCAAUCGAAACUUCCCAGGCCGCAACGAUGGUAACCGAGCAACUAUGAACUUCAUCGCCUCUCCCGAGCUCAUCACAGCCAUGACCUACUCCGGGUCUACCACCUUUAACCCCAUGACCGAUUCCAUCCCAACGCCCAAUGGUCCUUUCAAAUUCACCCCUCCGAAGGGUUCGGAACUGCCCUCUGCGGGAUUCGCAGAUGGCAACCCCGAGUUCGACCCAACUCCCGGUGUUCCCGACCCGUCUGUGGAAGUAGUUGUGGACCCUAAGUCCACUCGCCUAGCUCUCCUCGAUCCUUUCCCUGCUUUCCCCGAUUCUGAGCUCACUUCUCUCCGUGUCCUGUACAAGGUCAAGGGCCAAUGCACCACCGAUACCAUCUCUGCCGCAGGUCCAUGGCUGAAGUACAAGGGCCAUCUGCCUAACAUCUCAGAAAACACUCUAAUUGGCGCCGUAAACGCAAAGACUGACGAGGUCAACGUGGCUUACGAUGUCGACGGAACGACAUCUAGCAUCCCCGACCUCGCAAAGAAAUGGAAAGAGCAAGGCCAGGAAUGGCUCGUCGUUGCGGAGCACAACUACGGCGAAGGUUCCGCCCGUGAGCAUGCUGCUCUCCAGCCUAGAUACCUCGGUGGCCGCAUCGUCCUCACCAAGUCCUUUGCCCGCAUCCACGAGACCAACCUCAAGAAGCAGGGCAUCGUCCCGUUGACUUUCGUCAAUGAAGCUGAUUACAACCUCCUUGAGGCAUGUGACGAGGUUUCUACCCGCGGCUUGCUUGACGUGUUGCAGAGCGGUGGAAAGGGAGAGGUUGAGCUUGUGGUUAAGAAGGGAGGUGAGGAGAAGGUUAUCAAGACCAAGCACACUCUCAGCAAGGACCAGUGCGGUUUCGUGCUUGCAGGCAGUGCUUUGAACCUUCUGGCUCGCAGGGGCCGGGAAGACGUCGAGGAGCUCACCAGAGCGAAUGAAUUGAGUGACUAGAAUGCUACGACAAAAAGGAAGUAUGAGGCGUCAUUUCGGUGCUAUGGACUGUUCAAUAUUCUUACGGCAUCACGUGUCUAUACAAAACGGCGAGGUAAACUCUGAUAUCUAUUUUGUGAGAGCAAAAUUAGGCAAUGAGACAUAUUAUC